AAUGACGUCACAAAAUAAUUGUUUAUUCAAUUCUCUCGAAUGCGGAAGUUCUUCAAUUUUAAGUGGAGAAAAUAUCAAUGUGUCCACCAAUACUUCUCGAAACACCUCCUCCUGGCAGAAAAACAUGGAACAAAGAAUACGGAAGCUAGAGGAAAUAUCGGCGCAGAACACUAUACUCCUGGAGCGGAUUAUUGACAUAUUGCAACCGAAGAAGAUUGAUUUGAUGAUAUUUCCUAUUAAAAACAUAAAUGAUUUAGCAUCUACAGAGUCCUUGCUUUUGAAUAAGCCUGAGGCAGAAAUUGUGGCGUAUCUGAAGCAAAAAUUUUCAAAGAGACCCCUAUCAAACAAUUUGGAUGAAGUGAUUGCGGAGUCCCUGCUCUUAAAAGUGAAUUGGGAUGGAGCCAAAAAAAAGUUGCAUUGAAGAAUUAUGCACUUUUCAAUAAAUUUCUUUACGAGGCCUUAAAAGAUGACUACUCAUACCCUGAUUUUGAGGCAAAGAUCAAAAAGGCGUUUCUCAAAUGUAAGGCUCAGUUCUACAGGAAC